UACUUUUCUUUCUUUUGUUGAAUUUGUUCUUCACUUCUUCUCCGUGAGUUCGUGCGCCGUCUGAAGACUCUGAACCUCUUCUCCAGUUCUCCCAGUCCCGAUUCCUCAUUUCUCCGGUUCUCUUCGCGUUUCAGGUUUCAAGUUUCUCUUCCAUUUCUCUUCCAGAUCUGAUCUCCUCAGGACUCCAGGAGCACUCCGACGACGCCACCUCCCCGUUGCAGCCGGAAGCUCUGUUCGUGAGUCUUGGGCCUAGCAGCAACGACCACGUCGCCGUCGCCCGCAGCCGGCAGCUCUGGUUUUGGCCUCUGAUUUCGUCCGUCCGAUCUGUGCAGCUGGUACAACUUGAUGAACUCCCAGUGUUUGAUAUUAUCGUGCAAGCCCAUUUUCUUAAAUUUUAAGUUAUCAGUGCCUCAACCGGAAUGGUCACCGGAACGGAUUUCAAAACUUUGAUAUCUAGAACAAAGAUUCAUUACUCAAAUCGAUACGAGGAAAACGAAAUUGAGUUUUCUGUGAAUUGAUGGGGGAGCUUGCAACUGAGAAGCAUGUCCAAUACAUUUUGUCAGUUGAAAAGAGGAAGGAUGACUUUAUAUCUGUUGCAAUGGAAUAUCUGAGAAUGAAUGGGGCAUACUGGGGAUUGACCACUCUAGAUCUUCUAGGGAAGCUUGAUGCUAUAGAUGUGGAUGAGGUUGUCUCAUGGAUCAUGAAAUGCCAGCACGAAUCAGGUGGGUUUGGUGGUAACAUUGGGCAUGACCCUCACAUACUGUAUACUCUAAGCGCUGUACAGGUUUUGGCCCUUUUUGACAAACUAAAUGUUCUUGACGUUGAGAAGGUCACUAAUUAUAUUGCUGGGUUGCAAAAUGAAGAUGGAUCCUUUUCAGGGGAUGAAUGGGGUGAAGUUGAUACGCGGUUCUCUUACAUUGCUAUAUGUUGUCUCUCAAUAUUACAUCAUUUGAAUAAAAUCAAUGUGGAGAAGGCAGUGAGCUACAUCGUGAGUUGCAAAAAUUUGGACGGUGGAUUUGGAUGCACACCUGGUGGCGAGUCCCAUGCGGGUCAAAUUUUCUGUUGUGUGGGUGCACUUGCCAUAACGGGAUCAUUGCAUCAUAUUGACAAGGACCUUCUUGGGUGGUGGUUAUGCGAGCGGCAAGUUAAAGCCGGGGGUCUUAAUGGCCGUCCUGAGAAACUUCCUGAUGUUUGCUACUCAUGGUGGGUUCUUUCUAGCUUGAUCAUGAUAGACAGGGUUCAUUGGAUCAGCAAGGAAAAGCUUGUUAAGUUCAUCUUAGACUGCCAGGAUACAGAAAAUGGGGGUAUUUCUGAUAGGCCAGAUGAUGCUGUGGAUGUCUAUCACACCUACUUUGGAGUGGCUGGACUAUCACUUCUUGAAUAUCCAGGAUUGAAAGCAAUAGAUCCAGCUUAUGCUCUUCCCGUUGACGUAGUAAAUAAAAUUUUCUUUGGCAGAUAACUGAGUCUUUUAGAUUUCCUUCUAUACUUGGUACUUUUUUGUUUCUCUAAUAAUCUAUAUGUGAACAUUUUGUAAUAUGAUAUUGUCACUUGAUCAGAAAUAUUUAAUUUUUUUGGUUUGAAUUUUACAUUUAA